AUGAAUGUUAACAGUGAAUUAUUUCUUCAACGAUAUAGUGAAUUAAGUGAUGAAAUUCGUGCGAAAAAUAAACGUGAAGAUCGUCUUCUUGAUAUUCGUUUAAAAUACUAUGAACGUGAAAAAAAUAUUCGUUUAAAUAUUUUGCGUAAAGAGCAACAUCAACUAGAACGUACACGUUCAUUAUUUAUUGAACCAUUGAAUAGAAUUUAUCAAGAAAAACGAAAACCAUUAAUAGCAUCAUUUAUUGCAGAGAAAGCAAAAUUAGAAUCUUCAAUAGUGCAAUUAUCAACACCAGAAUUAUUUAAUACAGAUUGGGAACCAAUUUCAAAUUUAAAACAACCAGAAUUAAUACCAUCGAUUCCGACUGAUAAAUCAAUUAAACCUAAAAAUGUCAUACGACCUCAUUCAGCAUGUUAA